UCCGAGGGUGGGAGCUAUGGCCUUGAGACAGGCGAGUUCUAAACCACACCCAAACCACUGAUAAUCUGACGCCUCCGUGCCCUCCCACCACACUCAGAGCCCCCAGCGGCAAGAGAGAGGAUGAGGAAGGGUGUCUUCAUCUACGGGGAGGGCGCGCGGAGGAAGCCCACUUCCAGGAACUGCGCGACACCGAAGCAGCACAGCUCGCGCCCCCUCUUGCUAGCUUCUCGCGUGAGCUCUGAGGACCCAGGAGGCCAGGCACGCAGCAGCUCCCUCUCAGAGACCUGAGAGCCUGGAUCAGCAGCUCCCUCCUCCUCUGGGCCCAGAAACCCCGUGCCCUCCCCAUGGAGCCCUACCGAAACCUGGCCCUGCUUGCUGGCUGCCUGGGCCUGACGAGCUCCCUGGUUGCUCUGAGCACCAACUUCUGGUUUGUGGCUGCCGGGCCCUCAUCGUCAGCUCACUCAGGCCUCUGGCCAGCCGGGCCUCAGGACUCAGUGGCAGGCUACAUCCACGUGACGCAGAGCUUCUGCAUCCUGGCCGCCCUGUGGGACCUGGUGUCCGUGGGCUUCCUGGUCCUGUCCUGCAUCCCCUCUUUGUCUGCCCCAGGCCGGGGCCCUCUGGUUUCCACCAUUGCGGCCUUUGCUGCAGCUCUAUCCAUGACAGUGGCCAUGGCGGUGUACACCACUGAGCGGUGGGGCCAGCCUCCCCACCCCCAGAUCCAGACCUUCUUCUCCUGGUCCUUCUACCUGGGCUGGGUCUCCGCUCUCUUCUCACUGUGUGCAGGUGUCCUGAGUCUGGGCGCUCACUGCAAUGGCCCCCGACCUGGCUACGAAAACCUGUGAGCGGAAAGCAGGAACAGCAGGCUGGAUCUGGAGCACCAACCCCGACCUCCAACCUCCGACCUCCGACCUCCCAGGUGGCGUCAGGAGCCGUGGCAACGCCUGCCCCCACCUCUGUUCCUCACCCCCAGUCCUUCCCCUGCCCCUCCUUUGUUUUUUCAUUUAUCAAACAAAACUGUGCUGAGA